ACAAAAUUGAUUUAAAAAUAAGUAGAGAUUUAAAUGAAAAUGAGAGAAUUUUUAAAAGAUUUUGACAUUUUCUCCGAGUCAAUUUAGUUUAAUGCUAAUAGAUAAAGGUUAAGAAAAAGGACUGUCUUAGGUGCAAUUUUAACAAUAUCAAUUAUCUUAAUAACACUCAUUUACUUUGUGUAUUAAUCCCAUCAAUAUUUUACUGGAUAGAUGGAUCCAAAAUUCAGAUAGCAAUCUUUCGUUAUUGACUAGAUUAAUAUUGAUUUAAACAACGAAAUGUUUGGUUUUGAUUUUGUCUCUAUUAAAAGUGGAUAAUACUUAAGUUAAUUAUAGGCCCAAUAAAAUAAAACGUAUUUUGUUUUUAAAGCAAUUUUUAUAUAUGCUAAUUCUACUAGUAAUACCAGUAAUUCAUAUGUAUCUUUAGAUAUAAUUAAAUGCUAAAGACAAGAAUUGUAAGGAAUGAGCUGCUUUGAUUUUAGCAAAUUAUCUAAUCCUUAGCUAGUUAGAAACAACAAUCAAAAUAUUUUUUCUUACGUUUCAUUAAUGGUUUAUAAAUGCUAAGAUGUUGAUUUUUAAAAAACUGACAUCCCAGUUAAUUGUGCUGACUAAUAAGAAAUAGAUUAAUUCAUUGGCUUUUCUCCCUUUAGACUCUAAAUGAAAACAUAAAUUUCUUAAUUUAACAUAACUUCAAGUCAAAUUGAGUAGUAAUACAAAAGUUAAAUAUUUACGAAUUCUGCAAAUUCUCUCACGUAUAAUGAGCUAAAAAUUCAAAACUAAGUUACUUCAGUAUAGUAAGGUCUAAUAGUUUAACAUUAACAAGCUUUUUCAUCCCCAUUAUCAUAAUCAGUCCUCACUUCUAUCUAUGAUCAUAAUACAUUUUUUAAAGAUACCGGUCUUGCAUAUAUAAGUGAAAUUUCAAUUGGUGUAGAUGAAAGUUAAACCUAAUUUUACAUACAAUUUCCAAUUUUUACAGAAGUUUUAGCACUUUGUAAUAGCACAUUAGCAAUUUUACUGCUUUUAGGCUCGUUUUGUAGGAAAUUAGCAUAAAAAAUUAUAAGAAGAGACAUUUUUUUUAUCUUAAUGAAGGACUUCUUUUCAGGAACAUAUUUGCGUAUUAUGUAGCAUAAUAAAAUUGUCAACCUUAAUAAUUAAACUUAAUAAAAUGAUAUAGUUCAUGAUGAAUAAGCUGAAGAAAAAUUAAAUAGUAAUUAUGAUGAAGACAAUAAGAAAGAUAUAUUUAUUCCAUCUUUAUCACCAAAAUCUUGCAAAAAAUUAUUUUAAUAACAGCUUAGCAAUGAUACAUAAAAUACAUGUUAAGACUACGUGUUGGAAGAGUUACAAACUUAAAUCUAAAAACCAGAUGAUGUUUUAGAAUCACUUAGAAGUAAUUAAGACAACUAAUCAGAUUAUUAGAUUAGACUAAAUUUAAAUAAGUCUGAUCAAAAUUAAAAAAGUUAUGCACAAAGUGGAAUUAGAAAUAUUUAAUAAUAAUAAUAAUAAUAAUAACAACAAUAAUAACAAUAAUUCUAAUUAUUGAUGAAAGAUUCUAGUAAUAAGCUUGUAAAUGGAGUAUCUUUAACCCCUAAUAGCUUAAAUAGAAAAAACAAAACUAGUUAAUCAAAUUAAUUAGAAAGUUAAGAAAGAGGGACUAAGGUUAUUAAAAAAUAAAAUGAGCAAAUAAAUAAAAUAUUUUCAAAUUUGAAUGAUAAAUCAGUUCAUCUAAAGCUUGAAUAGACGCUCUUUUAAUUUAAGUUUUGUAAGAAAAAAGAGUAUUAAUAAUCUAAAGGAUUGAAAUAAUAGAUUAUUAAUGAAAUAGAGUAGCGAAUAGAUGAAAGUUUAGAUUACUAUUCCUUUUAUAAAGAAAUUUUGUUAAUUAAGAAAGCUAUUAUGAUGAUUUUAAAUAAAUAAUAACUUGCUGCAUUAUAAGUAAUUGGAAUUGACAUAGAAAAACAAAGUAAAAAUUAGGAAAACUCAAAGAUGAAUUAUUUAUCAGAGGAAGCAACUGAAAAUCACUUCAAAGAGUAGUAUAAAAUUCUUUAAUCAAAAGAAUUGUAAUUAUAAAAUAUUAAUGAUUUCUUAAAAAAAUGUGAGUAAAAUAGAUCAAAUUUGGAUAACAUUGACAAAAGAAUACUAUCUUCCUUAUUAAUUCAUUAAUAAAAUUGAUCAAUUUAGCUCAUAUUAUUUAAAAAUAAAUAUUGUAAAAUUGCAUAAUUUCUGUUUUGUCAUAAUAUUUUUUUAAAUGAUAAAUUCUAAGCUUUUCUAAAA